ACGAUGUUAUUUAAACGAUUGUUUGAAGUAUAGCAAUUAGCGACGUAAAGACGACGACGAGGAUGGUGUUGGGAGUGAGUAUACAGCUGUUGCUGGAUUUAACAGUUGCCGGUUUUUCGCUGAUGAUUGGGUUUGGGAUUUUCGUUUUGACCGCUAUGGUUCUCUGCUCUGCGGCUUUCUUUCACAACGCUAAAGCCCACUCUUCAUGAAUUUCGUCACUGGGAACAAAAAUCAAAUGAUGAAGGUUUGCUUUAAGAAUAAACUCCAUGAGAUGUAUUAGCAACUGCCCUAUCCUACUAUGUAUCUUGUAAAUUUUGAUGUGCUUAGAAUAUAUGUAGCAUCACUGUAUUACUUGUUUCAAAUCUAAUAAAGGGUAAAAAAAAUCCGCAUGUUAAAA